AUGGCGCUGCUGCUGGCGCGCCGUGCGCUGCUGGCCGGCGGCCGGCGGGUCCCCCGCGCCCCGGCCCGGCCCCGCGGUGAGCGCCGCCUCUCGCCCCUCCGCACCUUCUCCCCGCCGCUCCUCCCGCCGCCCCGCCGAGCCCUCUCUGUCCCCGCUCUCCCCGCAGCUCCGGCGGCGGCGCGGCUGUGCUCGGGAGCGGCGGGCGAGGCGGCGGCGGCGGCCGGCGGGGCCGGGGCGCUGCUGCAGCACCUGUGUCGCAAGCUGCGGGCCAGCGGGCCCGUGACGGUGGCCGAGUACAUGCGGGAGGCGCUCACCAACCCCGCACAGGGUUACUACACCCGCCGCGGCGGCAUCGGCGAGAGCGGGGACUUCAUCACCUCGCCUGAAAUAAGCCAGGUGUUCGGAGAGUUAAUAGGAAUAUGGUAUAUCAGUGAAUGGAUGGCCAUGGGCAAACCUAACACCUUCCAGCUGGUGGAACUGGGCCCAGGGAGGGGCACCCUGACUGAGGAUAUAUUACGGGUCUUCAGCCAGCUCUCCUCUGUACUUAGUAAAUGUGAUGUCUCUGUUCACCUGGUAGAAGUGAGUCCCAAACUUGGCGAGAUCCAAGCACGGAUGCUGACGGGAGGGAAGGUGCAGCCAAGCCCCAAGGACGAGCCUGCUUACAUGAAAGGCAUUAGCAAGACUGGAAUUCCCAUUUUUUGGUACAGAGACAUUCAGGAUGUGCCAUCAGGUUACAGCUUUUACCUAGCACAUGAGUUCUUUGAUGCCUUGCCAAUACAUAAAUUUCAGCGAACUGAGAAAGGCUGGCGGGAAGUGUUGGUUGAUAUAGAUCCAGAAGCUCCUGACCAGCUGCGGUUUGUCCUGUCACCAUCCAGCACCCCUGCGACAGAAAACUUCAUCCAACCAGAAGAAACGAGAGAUCACGUGGAAGUGUGUCCCGAGGCUGGUGUCAUCAUCCAGAGGCUUGCCUGUCGCAUAGAGAAGGAUGGUGGGGCUGCACUGGUUGCGGAUUAUGGCCAUGAUGGAACCAAAACUGACACCUUCCGGGGUUUCCGGAAUCACAAACUUCAUGAUGUGCUGAGCGCUCCAGGCACAGCAGACCUGACAGCAGAUGUUGAUUUCAGCUAUCUUCGAAAGAUGACACAGGAAAGGACAACUACAUUAGGCCCCAUAAAACAGCGGGAGUUUUUAAAAAACAUGGGCAUUGACCUCCGGUUGAAGGUGCUCUUGCAGAAUUCACGUGACACAGCAACUCGUGAGCAGUUACUUCGCAGCUAUGAUAUGCUGAUGAAUCCUGAGAACAUGGGGGACUGCUUUAACUUUUUUGCCCUGCUCCCUCACCACAGACUUGUACACCCUGACAAGAAAGAUAAGCCAGAGUCGAAGCCUCCCUUACCACCUGUUGCUGGAUUUAAUGAACUCCUACUGAAGUAAUUUCAAAUACUACAGCAAAACGUCUGAUAGCAAUAGCUUUCAAUAACAUCCUAUUAAAUUUUAAAACCAAAUCCCAGUAAAAGGAAUUGAGUCAUGCAUUUUGUGGUUUUACAUACUAAAUGUUUUGCAGUAAUGUAAUUAACGUAUAUGCAGUAAGGUAAGAACUAAUAAUCUUUGAACAGAAGGCAGAUGAAGUACCUUCUUCAGGCAAUGUUCUUAAACCAAUCUAUGCUUCAGGGCCCAGCCACAUUUUGGUAGGGAGUGCUAUUUCAGAGUAAAUUAGUGCAGCACACUAAACCUCCUGGCUGACCUACUCAAAGCGGUAUAAGUGGUAAUAAAACACCGCUCAUACAGAAACCAGCACACACAGAGCAGAGAAUGAACAGUGUUUGGGGGGGUCUUAGGAUAGAGCCGAGUGAAGUACUGACCAGUGAAUAAAAACUUGUCAGUAACAAACAGAUGCGCUAAGGAGUCUUUAAAUGUACUCAGCUUUUGUACUUGAAUAAAAUCAAGAUGCCCUAAAAAUAUUUUUAUAAAGAGAAUGGUGACAGGAUGCAUACAGAAAAAGAUACUGCUAACAGAAUUCCCAGAGCAGGGCAUAUCUAAUGUCAAAUCCACAAACAAACAAGUGUUUACUUCUGAGAACAUCUGAUAGGAGAAAUAAUUCAUGUAAAUAAAAAGAACAAGAGUGAUAGGGAAAUAAAUUUUAUUUUCAAGCUUAUCAGAGGAUAUUUACAAACAAUGGGAUGUAUAAAAAUAUAAAAGUACUUGACAGUGUCCUUUUGAGGCUAUAAAUUUUACAUGAGCUUUUUUUCUAGCAUCACCAGCACUAUUGCUUGAAUGAAUGCAACUUAAUUCAUCUAGGGAUAAGGGUAUUAAACACUGUAACCUACUGCUGUCAAAGUUUGCAGUAAAGGUAGAAAAAAAAGGGAAUAAAAAACCCAGCUA